GGAAUAUCCACCCCGAGCGAAUCUUACGAAGACGUAUCAUUUCUGAUUCCCUCUAUAUACACAGUUGGCAACAAAUCUGCCGACAACAAUGGAAGACAACAAGAGAGCGAUGGAGGAGGUACCUCUUGUUGAUCCAACGGAUAAACAAGUCGAGUCAACCAUGAUGGAGACUGAGAGAGCUAAGAUGCUGCGUGGUGAGCUCUACAACCCGAUGCAUCCAGAUCUACUCAAGGAGCGACAGGAGACCCGCAAGCUGGUCAACAAAUACAACAAGCUCGGAAGCGCCGAGUCCCCGGAAGCCCAGGAGAUUCUCACGAAGAUGCUAGGGGCAAAGGGUCGCGACUGCCUUGUCGACAUACCCUUCCGCUGCGACUGUGGUUCUAACACCCGCCUUGGGGACAACGUGUACAUGAACUCCAACUGCGUCCUGCUCGACGAGGGUGAGAUCACUAUUGGUAACCGAGUCAUGCUCGCUCCAAAUGUACAGCUCUACACGGCCACACACCCGCUGGGACCUAAAACACGAGCUACAGGGUACGAGCGGACGAAGCCAAUCACAAUCGAAGACGACGUUUGGAUCGGGGGCAGCGUGGUGGUUGUGCCUGGGGUGACGAUCGGUCGUGGUGCUGUUAUUGGGGCUGGCAGUGUGGUGACCAAGAAUGUACCUCCCAUGUGCGUGUACGCUGGCAAUCCAGCGAAAUUUAUCAAGAAGAUCGAAGAAGAGUAGGGCGAUUGACGAUAUCCACUCUCGAGAAAGGAUCUAUUUGCCUCUCAACUGCUGCAUCAAGCUAUAUUCCGCUUCGCUCUCCCGAAUAGCAUUCGUUACAGUCGUGCCUUCUUUGUACCCCUUCGCAAUUAUCAGCUCCGUGAUUCUUACUUCGAAGUAGUUACAGAAUUCGCUGACAGAAAUGAGAAGCUAGUGUGUGAAUGAAAAUGGGAGUUUUACCUUGCAUAACUUAAA